GCUGCGAGGCCUGUUCGUCACUAGUACUGGAUGCUGUCUCGUCUGCAUACGGUAAGAAAGGGGAAGGCAAAGAAGGCCGAGGAGGAAGAGAGUCGCAUCUUGAAAAUUCCCCGCAAACGCGUGCCGCUUGCGAGCCGGGCCGGUCAGGCGCGCAGCCCUAAUCUUUAUCGAUCCGACUGCACCAAGCUUCAACAACCUUCUUCCGUCACCCUUCUUCCCUUGACCAACCUUCUUUUCUUCAAGAGCCUUUGCCUUUCGUGCCUUCUUCUUCUCUCCAUCUUUCGACAAACUUUGCUCGUCUACCAUCGUCAAAGCCAUGGCGCGUUCCUACCACACCAUCCCGGGCAAGACUUCCGAGAGCAAGCGCAAGAGCAUGGCGUCUACGGCAAAGCCAUCCAAGCGCCAGCGUGCUGUCUCCUCAGCCCAAGAUGAUUACAAUGACGGCCCUGAGUACGCGGCAAACAAGAUCGUUGACGAGGACGCCACCCGGUACCUCAUCGAGUGGCGCGGACACUACGAGGACACCUGGGAGCCCAAGGCGUUCGCAAACAAGGCUCUCGUCGACGAAUGGCUCAAGACUCCGAAGGCGGGCAAGGGCGGCAAGCGCUCCAAGAAGGUCACUGAGACCGCUGAGAGCGACACCACGUCCAAGACCAAGACCGACCAGGCCAAGACAGCCGUCGCCACGUCCAGCGGCACGAAAAGAGGCCCCGGACGCCCCAAGAAGCUCACCAAGCUUGCGACCGACAGCCAGGCCGAGGCCACUGACACCGCCGAGUCCGACACCGCGUCUGAGGCCAACGUCGCGACCAAGCGCACCCGUUCCGGCGCUUCCAGCAAGCCCACCGAAAGCGAAGCCACUCCCAAGACCACCAAGACCACCAAGACGUACGGCAACGCCCCUCCCACCCCCACGACGCCUCCUACGGCCGCUGCUGCUGCCCCUCCCGCCGCCCCUCCCACCACCGACAAGGGCAAGGGCAAGCACGCCACCAAGCCCAGCGCGCGCACCGAGAGUGAGGCUGGCACCAGUUCCAAGGCUGCCGGCAAUGCCAACGCGUCUGACAACGCCCCUCCUGUCCCCACGGCCCCCACCUCUGCCGGCACCCCCAAGGCCGCCUCCAAGGGCAAGGGCAAGAGCAAGGGCAAGGGCAAGGGCAAGGGCAAGGCCGCCAAGGCCUCCACCAAGUACUACACCGCCAGGGGCAUCCUGGAGGAGAGCUCCGACAAGUACUUGAUUGAGUGGGAGUACACGGAGGACAUGGCGGCUCCUCCGGAGGACUCGUGGGAGCCGAAGAGCUUUGCCAACGAGGAGCUGGUGGAGGAAUGGGAGGCCUUCAAGAAGGAGAGGAGGGGCGAGGCGAAGGGUGAUGAGGGUGAGGAUGAGGGCGAGGAUGAGGAUGAGGGUGAGGGUGCGGGUAAGGGUGCGGGUGCGGGUGAGGAUGCGGGUGCGGGUGAGAGCGAGGGUGAGGAGUGAGGCGGGG